GGGGUCCUUCCUCGCUCACCCUGGUUCCUCUCGGAGCGGACACGGCAAAUGGCGGACUUCGAUACCUACGACGAUCGGGCCUACAGCAGCUUCGGCGGCGGCAGAGGGUCCCGUGGCAGUGCUGGUGGCCAUGGCUCCCGCAGCCAGAAGGAGCUGCCUACAGAGCCCCCCUACACAGCCUACGUAGGAAAUCUACCUUUUAACACGGUUCAGGGCGACAUAGACGCCAUCUUUAAGGACCUCAGCAUAAGGAGUGUGCGGUUAGUCAGAGACAAAGACACAGACAAAUUUAAAGGAUUCUGCUAUGUAGAAUUCGACGAGGUGGAUUCGCUGAAGGAAGCCCUGACAUACGACGGUGCGCUGUUGGGCGAUCGGUCACUGCGUGUGGACAUUGCAGAAGGCAGAAAGCAAGACAAAGGUGGCUUCGGAUUCAGGAAAGGCGGCCCUGAUGACAGAGGAAUGGGUGGCUCUCGAGAAUCUAGAGGUGGCUGGGAUCCCCGGGAUGACUUCAAUUCGGGCUUCCGGGAUGAUUUCCUCGGAGGACGGGGUGGCAGCCGCCCCGGGGACCGGAGGGCGGGCCCUCCCAUGGGGAGUCGCUUCCGGGACGGCCCUCCCCUGCGUGGAUCCAACAUGGACUUCAGAGAGCCCACGGAAGAGGAAAGAGCACAGAGGCCUCGGCUCCAGCUUAAACCCCGGACAGUGGCGACGCCCCUCAACCAAGUAGCCAACCCCAACUCUGCCAUCUUCGGGGGGGCCCGGCCCAGAGAGGAAGUCGUCCAGAAGGGGCAGGAAUGAGCUCGCAGUUGGGAGGGAAGGGGGUGUGGGGAGUUAGAGCAGACCUCAGCCUGGGGGGCCUGGCUGCCCUCAGCCACCAUUCCUGAGCCUGACACCGCCCUCCUCCCUCGCGCACAGGAACAGCUCGAGCUGCACCAGCUGUUAACAAGUGGUUUUUAGUAGCUCGCCUCGCCCUGCCUCUGCCCUGCCUCGCCCCGCCGUGCCCACCCUGCUAGCUAGCGCCCUGCUUAAUUCUUCCCUUCCUUCCUCUCUGCCUCUCCGUACAUCUUCCUCAUCUCCAUCUCUGUCUCCCUUCUCCUUGCGGCUCUCUCUGGCUCACUCUCCCGUGCUUACGUGCUGCGGGGAGGACGGCAGGGGUGAGCAGUGGGGCCACUGUGGGGCCUUCCUUGUUCUGGGUGCUUCUCCAACCGCAUGCUGAGUUCUGUGUGCCCGCAGCCUCCAGCAUAGCGGAGGCCCUGCUAGGUUCCCCUGCCCCUUUCCUGCCCCGGCUGUCACCCCCAGUCUCAGCCAGAGUCCCGGGGCUGCCUAAGCAAAGCUGCCCUCGCCCCGCAGUAAGACCUCGGGGGUGCAGAGUGUGGAUGCCACCCAGCACGGGGGCUUGGUCCCUUCCCCUCUGCUCCCCCACGGGGUCCAAAGCAGGGCCCCCGGCAUGGAGGCCCUCCCCUCCCUCAGCAGCAGUGCCCCAUCUCCUGUGUUCAUUACUCCUACCCUGAACCCACCGCCACCCUGGGCCUGGGAUCUGGCACUCACCUGUCAACUCGGUGAGCUGAAGGUGCUGGGCACAGUCCUCUACCAUGGUACUGGCCUGUACUACCAGGAGGAAGCUUGAACACCUGUGUGAGAACAAAUGGAAAGUUCUGUAGUGCCUGAGUCCUGGGCUGUGCCAGUGGGAACAGGUGGAGUUCGCCCUGGCCCUAGAGUCUUAGGGGAAGAGGCCUGGUGCAGCUGGAGGCUGUGGGCACCAGGGGCAGUGUGCUUCCGUGGUAGCUGCCAUUGCCAGGCUUGGCUCUUGUUUGUCUGUUGCAAGGUCUCAGCAAUUUCCAGAACUCUCUUCCUCCUCCCCCUGCCUCUUCCCUCCUUCCUUCUUUCCCUCCCUUCCUCCCUCCCCUUCCCUCUUUCCUUCCUUCCUUUUGCUUGCCAUCUUUUCUGCUUCUGAGAUAAGAACCAUUUGUGUAACACCAAUAAUUAACUUAAGGAAGACCUGCAUUAUGUGGUUGCAAUCAAACCUGAUGCUUUCAGAUGCCCUACUUACAUCUCCAGUGUGGGAAAGAUAAGAACAAAUCCACCCAAACUUCCGGCCUUCCAGAAGGCCUUUAAAUGAGAAUGGAAUUCCAAACACUUAACACAUUCAGUGCUCUGACAGAACGUAGAUCUAUGGAUAUGGUAUUUUGUGAAUGAUCUUUUAAAUAAAAGAGAACCUUACGUAAUGUUUAA